AUGGUGCUGCUGAGCCCAUCAAUAUGUGGGUUAAGAAAGUUGCUUUCCAUAUGUGAAUCCUAUGCUGAGGAUCAUGGCCUAAAGUAUAACCCUAAUAAAAGUGAGCUGUUGGUGUUCAGAGGUGUAAACAAAAGUCCACCUCAUGUCCCGCCUCUAAUGCUCGGUGGCUUACCUGUACAAAGAGUAACACAGUUCAAAUAUCUAGGGCAUAUUGUAAGUGAGGAAUUAAAAGAUGAUAUGGACAUGGAAAGGGAACGCAGGGCAUUGGCUGUCAGAGGGAAUGUAGUGGCACAAAGAUUUGCGGGUUGUUCAGUGCCGGUCAAAAUUACCCUCUUCAUGGCUUACUGCCAAACCUUUUACACAAGCGGUCUUUGGGCUACUCAUAUCCAAAAAACGGAUAAUGCCCUGCGCAUACAAUACCUA